AUGUUCCUCAAAAUCACCGUCAUUUCGGUGCUCUUCGCGUUGGCUGUGGUCGCGGAAGAUGAUCGUGCUCCAGUGGGCAGAAGUACGCGCCUUCUAGGUGGAUUGCAACGGCACCUAGCCAAACCAGCAAUCACGCAGGAGUACGUUUCGAGUGGAUCACGAACCACGGGCGAUCGCUUUCGCACAAAAAUCGAUCACUUCAAUCCGCAGAGCCGGGACACGUUCGAGUUCAGUUACUUCUCGAACGAUGAAUUCUAUCAGCCCGGUGGUCCCAUCUUCAUUUUUGUUGGUGGUAAUUUCCCCUUGACUACGUACUACAUCGAACAUGGAUUGUUCCAUGAGAUAGCCGCUCGGGAUCACGCGUGGCUCUUCACUAAUGAGCACCGGUAUUACGGCACCAGCACUCCGGUCGAGGACUACUCGACGGAGAACCUGCGCUUUCUCAAGUCCGAACAGGCGCUGAUGGAUCUAGUGGAGUGGAUCGAUCACCUACGCCACAAUGUGGUGCGUGAUUCGAAUGCACGUGUGAUUCUGCUGGGUGUAGGAUACGCCGGUGCUCUUGCCACGUGGGCUCGUCAGCGUUUCCCGAGCAUCGUAGAUGGAGCCUGGGGUGCUGGAGCAACCGUUUUGGCGAGCUUCGAUUUCCAGGAGCACGCCGGUGAUGUCGGUGAGAUAAUCCGACGUUUCGGAGGUGAUGACUGUUACAGCACACUGUGGGUCGCUUUCCGUACGGCUCAGUACCUGCUAGACGCUGGCCGGGACGAGACAGUCACGCAACUACUCAACACCUGCGAACCACUCGAACCGGGUAGCCUGCUCGAUGUGGAGACACUGUUCUACCACCUGAAGCUGGCCAUACAGGACGCGAUGCUUGACGAACAGAACACGGACAAGAUCCAGUCGGUGUGUGAGAGCAUGCUAAAUGCGACACAGGACACGGCUCUGGAACACCUUGCGCACUGGCUGAACGUGUACUACGCCAAUCUGCCUUGCAAUCCGUUCGACUUCGACACCAACAUGGCCGCUGGCCAGGUGCUGGAACCGGGUGCGGUCGAGAAUGCGAUCCUUGGCUUGCGCCAGACACAGUACCAGGCAUGCACCGAGUUCGGGUGGUUCAGAACGACCGAUCUGGAUGAGCAACCGUUUGGGGAUCGCGUGACAAUGCACUUCUUCCUGUCAGCGUGCCGAGCACUGUUCGGUGAGUGGGUGUCCGAUGCCGUCAUCUACGAUGGCGUACGUCUGACAAACCUUCACUACGGUGGACAGGAUCCUCGCUCGACGAACGUGCUGUUCACGAACGGACAACUCGACCCGAAUCGGUUGGUCUCGAUCACGCAGUACGUGAAUCCGCUCAGCUACGCGUAUGUGGCACCAAAUGAGUUCCUUUACUCGGAGUUAUACUCGAUCGGCGAGCAGGAUUCGCCCGAGUUGGCCACCAUCAAGCGCAGCAUCCAACAGUACGUGCUGCUCUGGCAGGGCGACGGUUUGACACCCGUGUAA